AUGUCAUCUGAUGUGCCACAAAAGUCAUUUUUGACGCCAUUUCUGAUAAAAACGUUCCAGCUCGUGGACGAUUCCGAUAGCAAUGAAGUGAUAUCGUGGAACGAGGACGGGUCGAGUUUCAUCAUAUGGAAAGCAACAGAAUUUUCGACAAAUCUACUUCCCAAGUUCUUCAAACACAACAAUUUCUCAAGUUUUAUCCGACAACUCAAUACUUAUGGAUUUCGAAAGGUUGUAUAUGAUCGAUGGGAGUUCUACCAUGAUUGCUUCCGCAAAGGCCAAAUUAGUCUUCUUUGUGAUAUACAACGUCGUAGACUCAAUAAUGUUUCGACUUCUCUUGCCUUGAUGCCUGCAGUAGUCAAGCAGCCAAUCGCGAACUCGUUGGAUAAACAAAUCAACUCUCAAGAGCUUUCUUCGAAAGAAUCUGAUUCGCUGAUUAAUUCUGAACUUAUAAACGAGAAUGAUAGGCUGAAAAGGAAGAAUGGGGAUUUAAACAAGGAGAAUGGGAAUUUAAACAGGAAGAACUGGAUUUUGAAUAAGGAACUAAAAAAUAUGAAGGUUUUAUUUAACAAUGUGUUCAAUAUGAUGUCAAAACAUACUAUUAAUACUGAGGAAGAGAAAAACCGAAAAGAAGAAGUGAUUCUGCCACUUGAUUUGUUGUCAAGUAAUGAGGUGGGGGAGAAUUCGGGGGCGACUCUGAUUCCGAUGGACGACAAGGUAAAUCCAAAACUAUUUGGUGUUAAAAUUGGUGGAAAAAGGACUAGGGUGGGCAAUGAGAAGUCCUCGAAAUGUUACGAUGAGGUGCGAUUGCAGCUGGAAAAUACUAGUUCUAAGUGA